GCUGCCACCUCAGUGUGGCUACUCUGUUCAGACCACGUGGAGAGACCUCCGUCUGAUGGCUCAGUACGAUGCCUGUCAUAUCAUACAGGAGGAUGGCAGCUUUGUGUUGCCUCUGCUGUGGAGAGGGACUCCAGUGAGGAUGUCCUGCCCAGCCUCUGAGCUCCAGCCUCGGCCUCCCUCCGUCUGCUGCUCCCCGUACGGCAUGACUGUCAGAGUGCAGGGACUCCAAACCACAGAGGAGCUGAGGGUGAAUGUCAGAGGAGAGUGGACCCCUCUGGUGGUGUUGGCCGAGCAGUGUGGCUACACUUUGGACAGACGCGAUGCAGAGAUCGUCAUCACCGCUCCAUUCGUGACGUGUGGCAUCACAGUAAAGGAUGGAAAGCACACGCUGCCUCUUCAGAUAGGAGAGAGGACGUUCACACUGUCCUGUCCCGUGUCUCCUCCCGAAGAGCUCCCACUGACCCAUCAGCCUCCGAUCCCUCAUCACGAAACCAGAGGACCAGCCGAGCACAUGCCAGAACCCCUGGAGCCUUUUCCCUGGGCUCCACCUUUCUACCUGGCCCCGCCUUACUACCCCCACCCGACAAAUCGCCACAAGUAUCCAAAUCUGGAUGGAAACGAUGCAUUUAAACCCCCGACUCCCUCAUCUUCCACUCCUGAGCCUACGUUUGGUCCUCUGCCUCUUCCUACCUACGAGGCUCCUUUAAGGGAGUCUUACAAACAUUUCGGCGUCCACACUUCUUUGUCAUCUACAGACGAUAACGAGGACUCGAGUCGAGUGCAUCCAGAUCUGCAACAAAAGCAAGAAACUCCGGUCGUAGGUGUCUCUGAGCGGCACGGUGCUGCACAUUCCUCCUCACACACAAGCUUUCCCAUUCAAGUGGAAGCUCCUCUCCAGCCCCCCGGCCACGCCUUCAAUCCGUACUAUCACUACUACCAUCACCCUAAAAUCCCUCUUCAUGGAGCACCUCAAGAUCCAGAGCCUCCUCGAGGACUGUCUCUAACUAAUCCUAGUAAAUAUCCAGUUUUACCUCCCGAUGCGCAGCAGCAGUCUGAGGCUCUCCGCAGACUUAACUCACAGCGGCUCCUUCAGCCCGAGCCUGAGGCUUCCUCUCAUCCUCACGCCGCUCCAACACGUCCUCCCAAAGCCGCUCCACCUCAUCCUCAGCAUCCGUAUCCGUACUUCUAUUACUACCCACAUGUUGCGAGGGGCGAUGUGAAAAGACUGGCUGCUUUUAAUCACAACAAGGCUGCAAAAAUGAAUUUAUCUGACAGUCAGAACACAAAAUCGAGCACCUUUGUUCAACCGCGUCCUCGCUCAGCACGACUUUACGACAGAUACAACUUAAAUCGUGACAUAGAUCAGCCGGAUGAAGCGAUUAAUGCUCCGAAAAAUAGCCCAGAGUUGAUCAAACAGCCACUUUUAUCUGAAGACGGUGUAAAGGCAGAGCUGGAUGACAACAAUGCUCCUGUGACUCCUGCUGUCCGUCCUCCGUCCAGUCACUCUCCUCCUGAUCUUCCUGCUUUCCCCUCUCCAUCGCCCGACCCUGACCUGCCUCCUCACCCAAACCACCACCACCCUUAUUAUCACUACUAUCACAUCUAUUAUGGACCUUCUUUGGAGCUUCAAGCAUCUCCCUCCCCAACAGCAUCCAAACAUCAAACCACUUCUCCACCCCCAAAAUCAAUGCACGAGAUUCACAACGGCCCCGUACAUCCUUUCUACUAUUAUUACCACCACUACUACCAGCCUCAAGCAUCGGCGCACAACCACGAACCUCUGCACCCUGCAGGCACCGAAAGAGCAUCAAAAUCUCCCUCAGACUACGGGGGGAUGGAUUUACAGGUUCAUGCUGCUGAGGCGGGAUAUCCCAGCAUCCCUCAGCCACUGCAUGGCCUCUUUCAUAGCCUCAAUUCCCAUUAUGUCGCUCAGCAACGUCUAUAUGAUCCUUUACGGCGUCCUGGUGGAGAAGAAGAAGCAGGAAAUGCACAAAUUAAAUUACUCACCACAUCUCAGCCUUUCAUGCCCUCAGAUCACCUCCAGGCCGCUCCGUACACUCCCUCUGCUGCCGCGCCCUGCAGCCUUGGCCCCGUGUCAGACUCCGACUGCAGCGUCUCUCUGGGCUGCUGCUCGUUCCCUGUGAACGACUGGAAGCAUACGCCCAAACCACUGAAACCAAAGACUGACAGUUUGGUUAAAAUCCUAAAUAUUUAA